UUGAACCGCUAACCGUCCAGUGUAGCAAUUCGAGCUCAAACGUGCGUAAUAAACGUUAUUUAAACUUCAGAUGAUGGCUUUAAAAUCAAAUACAAUGUACUUACCUUUAUUUUUAUUAUUAAUUUACACGUUUGCUGGUUCGUGGAUACAUACGCCCGCUGAGGGUGCGAGAAUAUUAGCCGUGGAGACAGUAGGUGGUAAAAGUCACUGGAACUUUAUGAGUGCAAUUCUCCAGACGUUGGUGGACAAUGGACACAAUAUCACCGUGUUUACACCGUUCGCCAACGGAAACCGUGAAAACUAUACAGAAGUGGACACUUCUAUGGGAUCUGUAAGAAUACUGGACAUGCAACUAAAAGAAAUGAUAGAUAAAUACGGAAAUCCAAUUACAGUUAUUAGUGAGAUGUCAGGUAUGAGUAGAAUGCUGUGCAAUGUAGUUUAUGAAAAUAGUAAAAUGAAAGAGAUAUUGGCUAGUACGCGUUCUGACUUCGACAUAGUUCUAAUUGAACCAAUACUCUCGGAGUGCGUGUCGUACCUCGCCGUUAAGUUGAACUUACCACUCAUAUACAUCAUGCCAAUACCAACAAUGGGUAUAAUGGAACGUAAAUUAACGGGACACAUGUCCAAUCCCGCUGUAGUUUCCCUUAAUAUAGCAAAAUUUGGUACUCCAAAAACAUUCGCCCAAAAAUCAAUCAAUAUUGCUUAUUUGGUUUACUGCACAGUCGCACACACAUUCAAUGAACUUAUUUUAAAAUUCACCGAACCGCAAGAGUACGAUUUGCAUGCACCAAUCCCGCCAUCUUUGACAUUUGUAAACAGACAUUUCACAAUCGAACCAGCAAGUCCAAUUGCGUCAAAUGUCAUUGAAAUUGGUGGAAUACAUUUGAAAGCACCCAAGAAAUUACCAAAAGAUAUACUAGAAUUUAUCGAACAAUCACCUCAUGGUGUAGUUUAUUUCACUUUUGGUUCAACUAUUAAAAUGAGUUCAUUACCAGAACAGAUUAAAAAAACAUUUAUUGAAUCUCUCGCACAAAUCCCUCAUAGAGUGUUAUUGAAAUAUGAAGAUGAAUUAGAACCAAUGCCAAAAAAUGUGAUGACUAAAAAGUGGCUACCUCAGCGUGAAAUUCUUUUGCACCCGAAAGUGAAACUCUUCAUCAGUCAUGGAGGUAUUUCUGGAUUAUACGAAGCUAUAGACGGUGGUGUCCCCGUUCUUGGAUUUCCUUUGUUUGGUGAUCAAGCAAGAAAUAUUGACAAUUUAGUCAAUGCAGAAAUGACUAUUUCUAUGGAUAUUUUUUCAGUAACAAAGGAUACGUUCUUAAAAAAUGUUUUAAAGCUACUCAACAAUGAAAAGUACAUGAAAAAUGCUAAAACUGCUUCGAAAAUAUUCAAAGAUCGAUAUAUGUCACCAACAAGUUUAGUUGUAUACUGGACAGAGUAUGUUCUACGCCAUAAAGGAGCUCCUCAUUUAAAAUCUUACGCACUUAACCAACCAUGGUAUCAAUACUAUCUCUUGGAUCUUAUUGCUGUAAUAUUAGUUUUUAUUGUUGUUAUAUUUGUUGUUAUCGGCAAAAUAUUUAAAUCUAUUUCUAAAUACUUUUUAAAUUAUUCCAAAAAUACAAAUACUAAAUCGAAAUCUGAAUAA